AUCGUGAUGCAAUGAGCAUAAGAUGUAUCAUAUGAUGUGCAUUUGAAAUCCUUCAGAAAAUGACUCGAAUUCAUUUUCUAAAAUCGUGUUAUUUGAGGAACUCUUUUCUCCAGUUGUUGGGUUACUCUGACCAACAUGACUGGCUAAAUCUACGAUCUCUCCGGGAACUUGGCUGGUGAAAGUGGGGGUUACCGAAAAAGAGUGUUUUUGGAACUUGCUAUGUGCCGACUCCGUUUCGUCAUGGAGCACAGCGGGCCGAGCGACAGCGCCGCGGUGGGGAGCGUACAGCUGGCCAAGGCCGUGCUGUCUCGCAAACAACUGUCAGACUUCCCGGAAGACGAAUUCAGCGGGCAAGAACACAAAGUGAACAUCAUCGAUCUCAGUCGAAAUUCGCUGUCUUCCAUACCAGGGACUAUCAGUGUUUAUACCAACUUGAUAGAAUUGGACAUCAGCAACAACAGAAUAUCGGGAAUUCCCGAUGAAAUCGUCGCUUUGAAGCAUUUGCGGUCCCUGAUCUGUAAAAACAACCAGUUGGAAACAAACUCACUGCCUAAGGAUUUCGGGAAAUGUGUUUCUUUGGAAACUGUCAAUUUCAGUGGCAAUACCAUGCUAGAUUUCCCUAUGCAAUUCACUGAAAUCCAGACAUUGAAAGCUGCUUACCUUGGUGGAAACAGAAUUCGACAAAUUCCGACAGCAAUACAGAACUUACAGAGGUUGGAAAGGCUGUAUCUUGGUGGCAACCAGCUUACCAGUAUACCCUUAGAGCUUGGUUCUCUACCUCGCCUUGCGUGCCUGGUGCUGAGCGACAAUCGCAUUGAGACUGUGCCCUCCGAGCUCGUCAAUCUCCGCAGUCUCAAGUCGCUCAGUCUCCACAACAACCGCAUCACCACCCUGCCGCCUCAAAUCAUCUCCCUGGGCGACCUGUGUGAGCUCAGCCUGCGAGGGAACCCGCUGGUUGUGCGUUUUGUGCGGGAUUUCACCUGGCAGCCCCCCUCGUUGCUGGAACUCGCGGGCCGCACCAUUAAGAACCGCGGCAUCGCGUAUACUGCAGAGGACCUACCGCUCAGUCUCAUCCACUAUCUAGAUUCAGCACGGCAUUGCCUGAAUCCUAAAUGCUCAGGGGUGUACUUCAGCUCACGAGUUGAGCACAUCAAGUUUGUGGACUUCUGCGGCAAGUACCGGCUACCCCUGAUGCAGUACCUGUGCUCGCCCAGCUGCACCAGCAGCAGCAGCGGCAACUACAGCAGCAGCAGCUAUACUAGCAGCAGCGACACCGAAUCUGAUGAGGAGGCAGCAGUCCCAAGCAACAAAAUGAAGAAGGUUCUUCUAGGAUGAAGCAACCGAGAACAAACUGUGCUUCUGAAUUUGUGUGCUACAUUUACCAACAGUUUUCAUAAUAAUACUGAUAAUGUGUAGUGCUGAUACGCUUUCCACUGCUCUCCACCGCUCUCCACCAAGGGUUACGUAUCGAAGUGCUUUACAAUUAUUACCCCUGUUCAACAGGCCACUUUUCUUCAGUGCAGCCAAGAUUAGUGCAGUCUGGUCUCCACCCUCGCAAGUACCCAUUUAUACACCUGGGUGCAGUGAGGCAAUUGUAGUAAAGUGUCUUGCCCAUGGACACAUGCACCAUGUACCCUGUCAGGGUUCCAACCCACGUGCCACGGACAUGGGUCAAACACUGUAACCAUUGGACCAGGGCACAUACGAGUACAUCGCUUCAGAAGGAUCAAAUUUCUUAAUACAUGUAUGCCAAAGUUUGAGAGUUUUAAUGUGUACUGGACAAUAAUGCUUUUUCAAUUAUUUUGGAGCCAGAGAUAUAUGUAAUGCUGAAGCGUAAAAUUUAGCGCCGAUGCUGUGGCUAAAUAAAUAAAAUGUAGUGUUUCCUGUUACUGAAAAAAAAAGUGGGUGGGUAAACCUUUUCUUUUUUCCCCCCUCUAAAUUUUAAUAGCCAGAAAAAUGGGGCACCUAGGAUACGGGUCAAUUUACUUAUUUAUUACUUCCGCCAAGGAGGUUAUGUUUUCAUUAGCGUUGGUUUGUCUGUGAACAAGCUAACUCAAAAAGUUAUGGACUGAUUUUCAUGAAUUUGUUUUUUAGGAUGAUCCUUCGUACAAGAACAGAUCGAUAAGAUUUUGGAAGUGAUCCAAAUCUGGGUCUGGGAGAGAUCCGAAUCUGGGUCUGGGAGAUCUGGGUCUUGUCAACAUAUGAAAAACUGGGUCUUGUCAACAUAUGAAAAACGUUGACCCAAUUCAUUCGAGCAGAAAAAAAUUGCCUCUGUGUGUGGGUCAACGCAGCAGGCAGUUGUAUAGCGCUUACACACUACUGAAACUAACAGGUCAAUUGACUCGACCAUUUCAUACUAUGGGGGACUGGGGAAGUGGCGGGGGAAAUAGAAUAAUAUGAAUACGAUCACACAAUUCUAGAUUUCUAUUUUAAACAUUUCCUUGGUACGAGUACAAAUCGAUGAGAUUUUGGAAGUGAUCCCGAACUCAGUCUAGAUCCAGGAUUUUUAAUAGCCCUAAUAGUCCUGAAUCCUCCAAUUUAAUACGAUUUUGCACACCCCUUAUGGAGUUAGGGUUAAGGAUUAAAUCGCAGAACAUCACUUCAUCUCCUAUAGUGGCGGAGGUUGGCGCUCUCUGAGUACUUUCUUUAUUUUUUGUUGGCAUGCAUUCCCAUGACAGCGCGUGAAUCAGCUGUUCAUUCUAUGUUUGCUGUGCUGUUUAUAGGCUUCGCUGCAUGGCAUGGCAAGACUGCUUGCACUGCCAACCAACUAAGUAACAACAAAAAUGAAAUAAAAGUUUUUAAAAUUCAGGAUGAUAUCCGCAAAAAAGUAACGUAUGACGGCACCACCAUUUUAAAACAGUUUUUCAAAUCAAACUAUUAAGUAUUUUGUAAUUUACUUGGUUGGGUCAUAACCGGAAGUACAGGUAUUUUUGUCUUGGCCUUUGCGUGUUUCACAGGUUUAGCAAGGCAUACACAUAUGUAGUGGCUUGUGUGCAUGUGUGUGUUUUGUAUCUAAUAAUCAUGUGCUUUCAUGGUCAAAGGUGCUGUAGGCAGGGUACGUACUAGUGGUGGGAGAAAUCAGAGAUUUCAAAAUCUGGUUAUCCUUAUUUUUGUCAAACCGAAUAACGGUUAUCCGAUUUGAUGGGAAGUUCCCAUUCA